GGAGGGGAAGUGUCAUUAAUAAUUGGGGUCAAGGAGUGUGUGGUCAAUUACAGAGAAACAGAGGGUGCUUUUGGUCGUCGAAAGAAGAAGCAGGAAGCCAUUUCUGUAAUUAACAACCCUUUUUGGGUUCAUUUAUUGAUGUUUGGUUUAAAUAUAUUCCUAAUCCAUCGAUCAGAUCAGAGAAAUAUCUAUCUACUGCGUGUUUGAGGUUUUCCGAUUGACGAAGAAGAAGAAAGUAAAAGCAGUUCACGAGCUCUCUCCAUCUCUCCAUCUUUUCAUCUCUGCAACUUAUCUUUGUUACAGUUAGAAGCACUGAAAAGGAAUGGGGAAGAGGCUAAUUUGUUGAAGGGUAAGUAAGCUUUCACGGACUUGAGCUUAUCAUCGGUCUCUUUCUUCAACCAACGGUUUCGUUCUUGAUCGGUCGAUUGAAACGGAUGAUCGAUCCUGCGCCACGUUUUUGUGCGCCGGUUCGAUCGUGAGUAGGGUUUGCUUAUCGGUUUCUUUUAGUCUGAUAAUGUGAACUAGUCUUGGUCGGAGAUUAAGGUAGUGAUGGAUCGAUCUCCAGUUACCGUUGGUCCUGGCAUGGAUAUGCCGAUAAUGCACGAUAGCGAUCGGUACGAGCUUGUAAAAGAUAUUGGUGCGGGGAAUUUCGGCGUCGCGAGACUGAUGAGGGAUAAGCAGACUAAGGAGCUUGUGGCUGUGAAGUACAUCGAGCGUGGCGAGAAGAUUGAUGAAAAUGUACAAAGGGAAAUUAUUAAUCACAGAUCACUGAGGCACCCCAACAUUGUUAGGUUCAAAGAGGUCAUAUUAACGCCCACCCAUCUGGCCAUUGUGAUGGAAUAUGCAUCUGGUGGAGAACUGUUUGAGCGCAUAUGCAAUGCAGGCCGGUUCAGGGAGGAUGAGGCUCGCUUCUUCUUCCAGCAACUUAUAUCAGGAGUCAGCUAUUGUCACUCAAUGCAAGUAUGUCACCGAGACUUGAAGUUAGAAAACACACUGCUGGAUGGAAGUCCUGCCCCUCGUUUAAAGAUAUGUGAUUUUGGAUAUUCUAAGUCAUCAGUACUUCAUUCGCAACCAAAGUCAACUGUUGGAACCCCGGCAUACAUUGCUCCAGAAGUUCUACUGAAGAAAGAGUAUGAUGGCAAGAUUGCGGAUGUUUGGUCAUGUGGCGUAACUCUUUAUGUGAUGCUUGUGGGUGCAUACCCUUUUGAGGACCCUGAGGAGCCGAAGAACUUCCGGAAGACUAUACAGCGAAUAUUGAGUGUCCAAUAUUCAAUCCCUGACUCUAUUCACAUUUCUCCCGAGUGCCGCCACUUGAUCUCAAUGAUCUUUGUCGCCAACCCAGGAACGAGGAUAAGCAUUCCUGAGAUCAGGAACCACGAGUGGUUUCUAAAGAACCUUCCUGCGGACCUCAUGGAUGAGAAAAUGAACAACCAGUUUGAAGAACCUGAUCAACCAAUGCAGAGUAUUGAUGAUAUCAUGCAGAUCAUAGCUGAGGCUACCAUACCUGCUGCAGGAACACGUAGCCUCGAUCAGUAUAUAGCUGACGGUCUGGAUAUGGAUGAUGAUGACAUGGACGUGGAGACUGAUACUGAUCUUGACGCAGAUAGCAGUGGGGAGAUAAUCUACGCAAUGUGAGCAGCAGGCGAUGCAUCUACGGUUUGCAUGCUGACUUCUGUGGUAGAGCUCACUACACAUUAUUGAGCGACAUGUGAAGGUUGGGAAACUGGGGCCUGUGAGGAUGAUCAAUGUGUAUCUGCUAAAUUGGUAAGAUAUGGAAAGCGGGUCCCCACUUGCUUAACUACUGUCAUACAUCCUAUGCCUAUCGGAGUUUGAAAUGUUCAUAAUACACAGCUUUGACCAAUCUGUAUGUUUGCAAGGAAUUAGGAUUGUGGGAUUCUGGGAUCUGGAAAUUUGAUGGUCAGGUUAGAACGAAUCCCUUCAUCCCCUAUUGUUGUCCUGUUUAUUUAUUUUCUGUUCUAGUGUUUGCUUUUUUUUGCCAUCACCUAGUGGCAUAAAUGUACUUCAUUACAACGGUUACUUCAAGCGUGAUGGGAUUUCCUUGUA